AGCAAAUAUGUAGACACAAUCCACGAAAAGUCUAUAACGGUAGAAAUUCCAAAAAAUGUGACCGACAAAGAAAAAUAUCGAGUUCUGAAGGAAGUUUUUAACCAUAUGGUUACAGUUCUAGAAGAGUUGAAUGCUGUAACAACUGAUUUUAAGGGUGAUUUUUGGCCCUUGGAUUUACCGGAAUUUCUCAAGAUGUUCGAUAGAGAAAAAAUGAAGCACAAUUACUUCCCACCAAGCUUCUUGAGCUCUUUCACGGGAACAAUCAGCGAAAGACUUAGAACGAUCGAUGUUCACGUAGGCUCGAUUUUUGAAAUAAAAAAAAAUUUUUUUGAUAAUAAACAUGAUCUUUGCUCAUUUGUACCAAAACUUUUGAUAUUGGUUAACACUGAUGAACGAUUUCCGCAUGAAGGGAUUGAUAAAGAGUACUUUAAAUUGCUUGAUAAUAUAGCAGCGCAGAUGACAGGCGGAAUUCAACACAGGUUCUGUCACAAAUCAACUCCACUUCACCAAGGAAUGCUAGAUUAUUUCCGGGAGGUUAUGACAGCGUACUUGAAAAAAUCAGUUAUGAUCUAUCACCUCAAUGUCAUUCAUGCUGGAUGCACUAACGAGGGUGAUUUUUUAACAUUUUAUAAUAAAUUUCGAGCUAAUGGUUUUUUUGUACAAAUGGAAGAUUCUCUAACAUGGAACAACCAAAAAUCAUGGAUGUCGAGAUACGUAAAAGAAAUAAAAAACACCUACAGAGUGAGCAUCAACCAAACCAUGUCCGUCCUCAAAAAUAUCAAGCACUCAAUGUUCAGAUGCGACCCCCAGUUAAACACCACAGGCCGACAGAAAACUCAUCACGAGCUCGAAAGAAUGAUGCAAACGGUGAUUAUCAAAGAAGAAGACUUAACUACCGACGGAUCCUGCAGCCACAAUUGCGAUUUAGAACUCUACCAAUGGGUUGUAGAUGAAAAAGGUGUUUUCUACGGAGACAAUUCCACAGAUCUUUGCUUAAAUAAUAUUGUUGAGAGGUACAGUAAGCUGUCAUCCACCAAGUUCCGUUGGUGCGAUUACUGCGUUUGUACUUGUGUCAAAAAGCCGUCUAAAAACCGGGAUAUCAUUGCUGCGAUAAGUUUCCGGGAUCAAGUCAGUGACAUGCGCAAAAAUUUAGUGGUUGUAGGCAUAAGGUUCAUUAAGAAGGAGCACAUGAUCCAUAUCCAGAUAAAAGAAGGAAAAAUCAGGCACAGAAGAUUUAUCGAUCACGGCGCAUGGAAGGAAACUGAAAAAUUUUUCUAUGAUUACUGGCAAAAAACUCUCUUUGUUAUAAAUGACGACGAGACUCAAAGUCCACUUCAAUUGGGAAUUGACUACGCUCUUCCCGAAGAAAUCCACUUCGACGAUUUGGUGGCUCCCGAAGGAUUCGUUGUCACGGGAGUCAGGUUCAGAUUCGCUGGUGACUCGCUAGGUUUUCCCAAGAAAGUCAAUGGGCCUAUCCAGUUGCAGAUCAGAGUGACACCUUUCGAUUACUUCACUGGCAAGUUGAAGGACCUCACUCAGACCAAGUGGAUUGUUCCGGAAUUAAAAGCAACAAGGAAAGAAUUGGUGCUGGUGGAACCAGAUUUACCGAUAAAGUCUUCCGUGAAUAAUUUGGACUCUAAAACGGACCAGUUCAUCAAGUUUAAGGCUUCAGAUUUGAAGAAAGACGUCGGACAAUCAACAGUUCCGUUUUUUGAUGCUCAAGAAGCUGAAGAAGAACAUGAGGCUCCUUUGGGAGGAGUUGGACUUAUUCAUCGUGGCAAAGAAGCGUGGUCAUAUUAUCAAGUGGAAAAUGCGACAAUCAACGGCGAUGAGAAGGAGGAUAUUUUGAAAGUGAUAUUCUAUGAUUUGAGAAAAAUAUUGACUGAGUUAAACAAUAUGUCUACUGAUUCGCGAAAUGUAUUAUCAUCGGGCGGUUUAGUUUCUUUCAUUUCUACUUUGGAGAAAUUUGACCGUAAGAAUGGUUUUUCUUUGAAUUCCAAGCUGUCUGAUAAAUUGACGAAGAUAUUCAAUAUAAGUGAAACAAUAAAUUCAUACGUCGAGCCGCUGUUACAGUUGGGUACCAAUAAUAUUUCUGAUAUUGAAGAUGUGCUUCAAUUCUGUCCAACUGAUGCAAAUGCUGGACAAAAUGAUCAAUUCAAAUAUGAGAAGCAGAUCAUUCUUAAGGAAUACAGAGAAUUUCUUGAGAAACUGACGACAGAGAUCAAGUAUAAAAAUAAAUUUAACACCUGUGGACUAACAACUUCAUUGAACGAAGCAAUUUUCGUUUAUUUUCAUAACGUUAUUGCCACGUAUUUAAAGGAGUAUGUAAUGCUUUACUUUAUUGAUAUUAUCGAUGCAAGAUGUCUUAAUUUGAAAGCAGCUCCAAUGUUAACUUUUCGCCAAAAUGAAACGCUCAUUGAAUUAAAAGAAAGCAUCAAAUUAACCAAAAAACUUCUUGCUACGUCCAAUUACAACAUCCACAAUUGUGACGCAGAUUAUAAAAAUACCAUCGGUAAGCCGUACUACGAAUUGAAAGGCAUGAUGGAAACGAUGAUUAUCCCAGAAGAGGAUUUGACAGUCAAUAACGAGUGCUCUAAUAAUUGCGAUUUAAGAAAAAUACAAUACAGUUUAAGACUUGACCAGUGUCAGGAAUAUGAUAGCUGCAAAUAUAUUGAACGAAAACUGACAGUCAGAAGCUCCGAAGACAAAGCUUCUUGGAAAGAAUUAGAAGAUAUUUAUCACAAUUCAUCUUCAGAAGGGUAUCAUAUUAAAAAUCCGGAUUCGAGUUUCUCUACCCUGAAAGAGAAGGUUCACUACGGCUGGACAGAUAAAAUGAAUUUCGAUGAAUUGAUAGCGCCCAAAGGGUACGUUGUCACAGGAGUACGCUUCAAACCAGCUGAAAUGUUCAUUGAAAAGGUUACUAUCAUGAAAACUGGAAGCAUACAGCUCCAAAUACGCGUCACACCUUUUGACUACACAAAGGGCGUGCUUGUCAACAAAAAUAAGACGCAUUGGAUCAUAAGACCAGACUAUUUCCAUAAACGUUUGUUAUUGCUCGAUAAUCGAGACAACCCGACAAGAUCACCUGGGAAUAAGAUCGAUUCAACACCAGACCAGUUUGUUAGGUUCAAAAGCUCGGAUUUGGAGAAAGAUGCCGGGUUAUCUACGGUGCCGUUUUUUGAUGCUCAACACGUUGAAGGUGAUCCUGAAUUUCCAUUGGGAGGAGUUGCGCUUGUGCAUCGUGGCCAUGAAGGUUAUGGAGGAUUUAUGGCACUCAAAAUUUAUGAUCUCAAUCUUUCAAUAGCGUGGUCAUAUUAUCAAGUGGAAAAUGCGAUAAUCAACGGCGAUGAGAAGGAGGAUAUUUUGAAAGUGAUAUUCUAUGAUUUGAGAAAAAUAUUGACAGAGUUUAACAAUAUGUCUGCUGAUUCGCGAAAUGUAUUAUCAUCGGGUGAUUUAGUUUCUUUCAUUUUUACUUUGGAGAAAUUUGACCUUAAAAAUGGUUAUUUUUUGAGUUCCAAGCUGUCUAAUAAAUUGACGAAGAUAUUCAAUAUAAGUGAAACAAUAAAUUCAUACGUCGAGCCGCUGUUACAGUUGGGUACCAAUAAUAUUUCUGAUAUUGACGAUGUGCUUCAAUUCUGUCCAACUGAAGCAAACGCUGGACAAAACGAUCAAUUCAAAUAUGAGAAGCAGAUCAUUCUCAAGGAAUACAGAGAAUUUGUUGAGAGACUGACGAUAGAGAUCAAGUAUGAAACUGAAUUUAAUACUUGUGGACUAACAAAUUCAUUGAACCAAGCCAUUUUCAAUUACUUUCAUCACAUUAUUGUCACGUAUUUAAAGGAGUAUGUGAUGCUCUACUUCAUCGAUAUUAUUGAUGGGAAUGUGAUGCCACUGCUAAUCACUCGUCAGAACGAUUCUCUGAAUGAAUUGUCAGAAAACAUUAAGUUAACAAAGAAAUUUUUAGCAACGUCCAAUUAUUCCAUCCACGCUUGUGACGCGGAUUAUCGUAAUAAGACGAACGGUAAAUCUUACUACGAAUUAGAACGCCUUUUGCAAAUUAUGAUUGUCGUAGAGAACGAACUGAACAAUGAGAAUUCGUGUAAGCAUAAUUGUGAUUUGAAGACCAUGCAAUCCUACGCUAAUCAUCCCGAAUGUAAGCAAUUUUUCGAUUGCCAGUACAUCCACAGUGGCUACGAAAUAUGUUUCGCGGAUAAGAAUUCGAGCUCGAAGCGUUACGAAUGGUUCAAGAGUGAUGACGGUUAUAUCUACGGUAACAAUCGAGGUUCAUGUAAUCACACUAAAGUAUCCGUGGGGAGUUACUACAGAGCUUCAUCUGCCAACAGUUGUGACUAUUGUCUCUGCACUUGUGUCGCCAAGCCAAAACCCAAAGAAAAUAUCGUCGCCGCUUUAAGUUUCAGAGAACAAGUUACGGACAUUCAUAAAAACAUGGUUGUUGUUGGUGUGAGAUUUGUAAAGAAAGAUUACAUGAUUCACGUGCAGGUAAAGGAACGUCAGUUUUUCGCAAACAUUUCAGAUAGUGCUGAUUGGAAAAAGUUAGAAAACUUCGAUUAUUAUGACGACUUAAAGGCUUACGUACGCAAGCAUAAUUCCGUGAAUCAUAUGCUCUAUGAAGGAGCUGAUUAUGGUCACCCAGAAUUUAUCAAUUUUGAUGAUGUGAUUGCUCCUGCAAAUCACGUCAUCACCGGAGUUAGGUUUAGAUUCGCUGAAGAUUCCUUCGAAGAGCCAAGAUUCAAAAGUGGGAGUAUCCAGUUGCAAAUUCGUGUGACUCCUUUUGAUUACGCCAAAGGGCUUGUCAACAUCGAAAAAACGCGUUGGAUAGCUCCGAAAGAAGUUCCAAUGAGGUUCCGAAAAACCCUUGGGAAUGCGAUGUUACCAACCAAAUCACCUGGAAAUGUUGUCGACUCAAUGCCGAAUGAAUCUGUAAGAUUCCGGCCUUCAAACUUGAUAGAAGAUGCGGGACAAUCAACGGUACCAUUUUUUGAUGCUCAAGAUGUUGAGGGUAAGCCGGAAUUUCCGUUAGGAGGAGUCGGGCUUGAUGACAAGCGGUUCAAUGUUUGUGGGCAAACAACAUCAUUGAACCAAGCAGUUUUUGAUUACUAUCAUCAAGUUGUUGCGACGUAUCUCAAAGAGUAUGUAAUGCUAUACUACAUUGACAUUAUCGAUGCACGGUGCUUCAAUUUGAAAUCUGGUUCAUUGUUAAUGAUACGUCAGAACGAAUCUCUCAGCGAGUUAACCGAUAGUAUCAAACUGACAAAAGUCCUGCUCAAUAGAACCAACCAUUACAUGCAUAGAUGUGAUGCAGAUCAUCAUAAAAUCAAUAACCAAGAUUCGUAUCUCGAAUUGAAUCAUAUGAUUCAAUCGAUCAUAUUAGAGGAAAAAGCCAUGUCUACUGACGGGUAUUGUUCACACAAUUGUGAUUUGAAUAGUAUAAAAACAACAAUAAAUCAUAAACAAGUUCAUUGUCAUGAACUUCGUGAUUGUCACUAUAUUGGUAGCACAAUCGAUUACUGCGAAUCCACUAAAGGAACGGGCCAUCGGCAGUUUAACUGGUUAAAAAGUGGAGAUGUUACUUAUGGUGAUGAUCAUCUUCACUGCAAUGGCGGCCUAAAGAGCGUGUCCAGCUACUUCGAUUUGUUGAGGCGUGGUAGUUGCGAUUAUUGCGUUUGCUCUUGUGUCAAAGAAUCAGACGACGAUUUUGCAGUUGCAGCGAUCAGUUUCAGGGAACAGGUUACUGAUAUUUAUGCCAAUAAAGUUGUUGUGGGUGUGAGAUUCGUUAAGAAGGGCAGAUUGAUUCAUGUUCAGAUCAAAGAAGGCCAAUUAAAACCCUAUGGAAUUGGUAAAACUUUUUGGAAACCUCUAGAAGCAUUCAUGGGAUAUGGAAUGCCCAGAAGGUUAUUUGUUAUGAACAGCAAUUCAAUCAUGCACGAGAUGAUUAAAGGAGUGGAUUACGGAGAAGCCAAAUUUGUGAAUUUUGACGAAAUGAUUGCACCCGAAGGAUUUGUUGUCACGGGUGUCAGGUUUGGAGUUUCUCGGAAUCACUACAAUGAAUUGCGAGGUAUGGCAGAUACGAUUCAAUUGGAAAUUCGUGUCUCGCCUUACGAUUACGCCAAAGGAGUAGUCUAUGAAUACUUAACUCAUUGGGUUGUUCCAAAUCAAUUGAUCUGGAGAUUUCAAGCUUCGGAUUUGUUAAAAGACGCCGGGCAAUCUACGGUGCCGUUUUUUGAUGCUCAAGAUGUUGAGGGCAAACCUGAGUUCCCUUUAGGAGGAGUCGGGCUUAUCCAUCGUGGUCGCGAAGUGAAUGCUGCUCCAUUGUUAACGAUGCGUCAGAAUGAGUCUCUCAGUGAAUUAGCAGACAGCAUCAGACUGACCAAAGUCCUUCUCAAUAGAACUAACUCUCAUGUAUAUAGAUGUGAUGCAAAUUUAAAAAAAACCAUGCUCAGAAAGCCGUACCUCCAAUUAGAAGGUAUGAUGCAAGUUAUCAUUAUCGCAGAAUCAUAUUUGAGUUAUUAUGGAUCAUGCAAUCAUAAUUGUGAACUAAGUCAAGUUGAUUUAAUACUCUACUCAACAUGUGACGAAUUUAAAUCCUGCUCGUACAAUCACUCUGCAUAUCAGUUUUGUAAAAAGGACGAAAAUAGUUCACGACGCUACGAAUGGAUUAAAGGCAAAGAGCAUACCGUUUAUGGUAGCAACUAUCCAUUCUGCGAUGGUAUAAACAAGAUUGUCAGAAGUACGUAUUCCCCGGAUCAAGUGCGUUAUUGUGAUUUCUGCAUGUGUACUUGCAUUAAACGUAACCCUAAAUCGAUUAAUACCAUAACCGCUAUCAGUUUUCGAGAGCAAGUUACCGAUAUCACCAAAAACAAGGUAGUUGUUGGAGUCAGAUUCGUCGAAUGGGGAAAUAUGAUUCACGUCCAGAUAAAGGAGAAAGAUUUUAACUCGAAUGAAGCCGGGGUUUGGAAAUCGGUUGAAGAUGUUUACUUCAAUAAACCAGAGCGUAAAUUUUAUGGUACAACUCAUGACCUUCACCAUUAUGGCAUGAAAUUGGGCAGAGACUAUGCCCAUCCAGAGACCAUUGCUUUUGAUGAUCUGAUGGCACCCAACGGAUUUGUGGUCACUGGAGUCAGGUUCAGAUUCGCUGGGGAUUCGACCGAAGAUCCAAAAAAUACUGGAUUAAUUCAGUUACAAAUUCGUGUGACUCCUUUUGACUAUUUUAAUAGGAAAUUGAUGAAUCUAAAUGAAACUCGCUGGAUUUUCUCAACGUACUUGGGAUUCAGGAAUAAGUUGGAUCUAACACAGCCAGAUAUGCCAACUAAAUCACCGUUAAAUGUUAUUGAUUCAAAGACGAACCAAUAUGUCGAAUUCCAGACUUCGGAUUUAGUUAAAGAUGCUGGCCAAUCUACGGUGCCGUUUUUUGAUGCUCAGGACGUUGAAGGGAAGCCUGAGUUCCCUCUGGGAGGAGUUGGGGUUGUUCACCGUGGGCGCAAAGGCUAUGGAGGAUUUUUGGCUUUCAAGGUGUUCGACGUUAAUCUCUCGCAGUAUUUCAAUGAAAAAAGUUCUGUC